CCCUCAUACCCGUUGCCAAUCUGGAGGACCUAUUCGAUAACCAUAAUAUGGCUCGAAUACGGGACGUGUGGGCCCCGAACCUUGAGAUAGAGAUGCGGAACAUCCGCGAAGCCAUUGAUAAAUACUCGUAUGUUUCAAUGGACACCGAGUUUCCUGGAGUGGUGGCGCGCCCGAUAGGUAACUUCAAAACCUCAUCGGACUACCACUACCAGACAAUGCGCUGUAACGUCGACCUUCUCAAAAUAAUCCAAGUUGGAAUCACGUUGGCAGACGAGGAGGGGUUGUUCCCGCAGGACUGCUCUACGUGGCAGUUCAAUUUCAAAUUUAGCCUUGGCGACGACAUGUACUCGCCCGAAUCAAUAGAGCUGUUGCAGAAGUCUGGUAUUGAUUUUCAACGGCACGAGGAGAUAGGGAUUCUACCAAAUGAUUUUGCGGAGCUUAUGAUUACGUCGGGGAUGGUGUUGGCCCCCGAGACGAAGUGGAUAUCGUUUCAUAGUGGCUACGAUUUCGGAUACUUUGUCAAACUCCUUACUGGCGAAUCUCUGCCGACAACAGAGGACGCGUUUUUCUCGCUUCUCACAACAUGGUUUCCAACGGUCUAUGACAUCAAGUUCCUCAUGCGGGCGUCAAAAGUGCUGAAGGGAGGUUUGCAAGACGUGGCAGAUGACCUGGGGGUCAUGCGAAUCGGAUCCAGCCACCAAGCAGGAUCAGAUUCUCUUCUCACAUCCUCCACCUUUUUUAAGAUGAGGGAGCUCUACUUCAACGAUCACAUUGACGACGCAGAAUACUCCGGGAAGCUGUAUGGACUUGGUCAGACGUUCUCUGUCUCAAAUGGCCUCUCAGACCGUUUCGACCUGUUCGAUAGAGGUGGUCAAGAACGCAGAUCAAAAUACCCGCACUGCGUCGGGAUGGAGAAUACCGAGCUUUUGAAUGUAUGA